GGUAGCACUUAUCCUCCUCACGCUGAUUCGAACUUUUAUUCGCACUUGUGUCCUGCUGAGGGAGAAAUGACAGAAGUUCGGGCAGCGCAGUUUAUGGAAUCAACUUUAGGCAAGGGUACUGCUGGAUUGAGGCUAGUCGACGUGAUACCGUACUCGCGUGCACAUCAACAUCAGAACUCAUUGAAUGGACUUAGCCUACCACUAGGAGACAAACACGCUUUUUCCGAUCAGAACGCGACAGAUAUGAUUAACCCGUUCAUGGACACCGCUCAUACGGCGGCUCAUCUGCCGCCAGGGGCCCUUAAACUGAGCCCCCCUCACCACAUGUCGGACACGACUGGGGUAGGAGUCGCGCCAUCUCAGGGGAACCAGUUCGCCACCCAGCCGAACGGCUACAUGGCCCACUCUCACGCACAUCAUGUUGGGAGUUACGCAGCAAGGGAUUUCUUACUACGAAGGGAACACAUGGGUUUGGGACACGAAACGAACACGGGAUCGCAUCACGGAAUGUUUGUGCCAAGUACGACAAAUCUUCACGGACAUCAUCACUCGGACCCUGUGUCAAAUCAUGUUCUUUUCCCUGGAUUACACGAUACAACUCACGGACAUAACCCAGCGGCGCACCAUGGAAUGAACAGUCAGGUCAGGCUCAGUGUGCCCGGGGUGGACAUGUACCCCCGAGCGGACCAGUUCAAUCAGAUGACAAGCCCGCGGAGCGACUUCACGGGCCACAUGAAUAUGGGACACAUGAAUCACAUGAAUGCAAUGAAUCACAUGAACAUGGGCCCUCACGGCCCUGGUGCAUUUUUUCGCUACAUGCGCCCCCCAAUUAAACAGGAACACACUUGUAUGUGGAUAGAUCAAGAGCAAUCCGACCCAAAAAAGACGUGCAACAAGACAUUCACGACGAUGCACGAGGUAGUGACGCAUAUUACAGUUGAGCAUGUCGGAGGGCCAGAACAAACUAAUCAUGCCUGUUUCUGGCAGAAUUGUCCGCGAGAAGGCAAACCCUUCAAAGCGAAGUAUAAACUUGUCAAUCACAUUCGGGUCCACACGGGAGAGAAACCGUUUCCUUGUCCGUUUCCAGGAUGCGGGAAGGUAUUCGCUAGGAGUGAGAAUCUAAAGAUACACAAGCGCACACAUACCGGCGAAAAGCCAUUUAAAUGCGAAUUCGACGGAUGCGACCGACGAUUUGCCAACAGUUCAGACAGAAAGAAACAUAUGCACGUUCACACGUCGGACAAGCCUUACAACUGCAAAGUCCGAGGAUGCGAUAAAAGUUACACUCAUCCCAGCUCGUUACGGAAGCACAUGAAGGUCCACUGCAAGAGUCCCACACCUCCGGGGACCAACUACGACUCUUCAAAUGACUCCGAGCCCAGCUCGCCCGUGAAUCCAAGUUCGCACUCACAGUCUCCCCCUGUAACAUCUUUGUCAUCUUCAUUGACUUCCUCCUCAAAUAUCACGCAGAACAGUCAUCCCGCGACGAAUUUGAGCGAGUGGUACGUUUGCCAAAGUGCUGGUGGCAUGCCGACGCCGCCAAGCAACGAACAUUCUCCAGUCAGUGGACAUGGACUCAGUCAUAUGCCGUCCUUGCAUCAUUCUCACCAUCAUCAUCAUCCGGCAGCCGUCGCGCAAUUCUGACCGGAGGAAAACGGGACUAACUAUCUCGGUUCUCGCGGCAGCGAGAUUACUGCCAAUAGGGACAUUAAAGUUGAAAAAGAGACUGACUUGGCCUAUUGGUAUGGUACGGCAACGACUGGGGGCUAUCCGGCCCUCACCCGGUGGUAAAUAAGGCUCGGUAUAUUAUUCGAGAUUCUCACUCGAAAUCGAGCUGGUUUCUCAAGUGCCAUGUGACGUCAUUAUCUCGUGUUUUCUCACGAGAUGAUGUUGGGAUGAUAAAAUGUGUGGAUUACAAUGCAUGAUAUUGGGCAGCGAAUUUAGGAGUCGUGAAAAACUUCGGUGUUUGAAAUGAAUAUUUUGAAGAGGGCCAUAUCGGACUUUGCUUUACUCUAGGCAAAACCGAGGCUAACCAUGACCUGGGGUGAUCCAGUCUGGUUUAAUUUUCAUGGAUCUCAAUGGAUAUCUUAUGUUUAAUUCUUGAUUAAUGCCAAUGUAUUGUUUUAAAUGAAUGACAUUUCAGAAUGGUUUAAUUCAUUUUUAUGUUCAGACCCCUUUGCAUCAAUAAUGACAAUGUUAAAUGGCUUAAUAUAUACUCGAGGACACAUUUGUCUCAACGAAGUACUAAAUGGACUUCAUCUUCUACCUCCGUAGUCACUUUGAUUAACCAACCGUUCAGUGAAACGAUAUUUUUCUUAGGUAUUUUAAAAUAUGACUUUGACAAUACGAACACUUGCUGUAACUCGGAAUAUAUUUCGAGCUCAUUACAUGAAAGAUCCGGCAAGCAGGUCGGAAGUAAGUCGUCUGAAGCUAAACUAACACGUUGCAGAGUUUGUAAUUUGGCUGAGCGCUUCAAUUACUUAUUUAAAGAGUUAGACAUCAGAACUCAGAAAAUAUUCUCGUUUUCAUUAUCGACUCCGUUCUUCUCAGAGCGCAUAGGGCAUUUUAAUGUAUAAAGGUCACAUAGAGGAAUUUUAAGAAAUCACUAUUUUAGUGGACCUGUCACAAUUCCCACGUUACAACCUGUAUUUUUGUUUCCUUUUCCCCCUAUUUCGUUAGCUCGGUGUACCGUUUUACAAAGUUCCACGUGGCUCCAAUUUUUAUAUUUGAACUUUUAUUUACGAUUUUCUUUACUGUUUACGAUAAGAUUCGUAAAGAUAAUCUAAAAUCUAAAAGUUCUGAAUGACAUCUGUGAAGCCAUUUAAAAAUAAUAAAAACAUUUAUAUAAAUGAGACUGUUGAUUAAGCUUAGUUCAGACAAACAAAAUGGCGGUGACGUACUCAGAUCGAAGAUGUAAUUUCUGGUGGAUAUUCUCAACAGCCUUUGGUCGAUGGAGAAUUUUCGGAAUAUGCAGUCAGAAUUGAUAUUUAAAAAAAAUAUUAUUGCAAUGGGACUUUAAAAAGGGUGCUAUAUAAAUGGAUUAUUUGAAGAUAGGCGAGGUCAUAAAAUAUCAUUGAAUUUUUAAAAAGUAUGCUACGUGAAUCUUUGUUUAACAAUAUUUUGUCUCCUGCCUCUGAAUGUAUUGGUUUAUUCCAUUAGGUUUAAAUGGAAUUGGUUUUGUUUAUGAUGUUAAAUCAUUUUCGUACAUUAAAAUUGGACAAUCAUUUUUGAUAUUUUUGGACAGAAUCAGUUGUGGUGACGAUGUUGUUUUCUGCAUUUCAUAUAUUCUGAUCUCGUUGAGUGUAGUGUACAUAAAAUAACUUAAAGUAAAAUGAACGAUUUAGUUUGUUUUAACUAUUAUCAGUUAGCAGGGUCAGUGAAGAGAGAAGUCCAUGACAAAAUCAGAAUGAAGUAGAAUUAGAAUAUACAGAAUACUUUUUAAAGUUUUCUUAACUGUUCGUGUGGGCCUAACUCGACUACAGUGGUUUACUUUGGCGAGUUUACCGCUUUUGCAAGCCUUUGGUGCAUGUAGGUUAUAUUGCGGAACCAACCGAUUACUUGUAAUCCAACGCCUCUUACGCCAAGUUAUUUCCCGCGUUCAUCGCUGUAGUGGAGCCAGGCCUUGAAAGCUUGCCAUAUUCUUGCCAAGAAACUUCCGGUGUUGCUUUGGUUUUUUGUUUUUGGAAUGGUGUUGUUGCCAUAUUUGCCAGACGACUUGCCUACUGGAUUCUUAAGAAUUUAAUACCAGAAAGAAAAUACACAUAUCACAACAUUUUCAAUUCUUUCAAUUUCUUAUAAAUUUCACUCCAUCGCUUCUUGCCUCAGAACAGGAUGUGUCGCUCAAGUCUUGCCACGACGUCGUCCACAGCUGAUUCUGUUCGAAAUUAUUGCGACACAAAAUAGGUAUGAAGUACCUAUAUAGUGGUGUAUAUAAUGUAGACGGUGCUGUAAGCAAAUUAAAAAUUAGAUGGAUGUAUUGUAA